AAUCCCGCCACAUUUGAGCCCCAUUAUUUCGUGUUAAUUUGCUGGUUUCGUACCUCAAUCCUGCCGCUCAGUCGACCGUCGUCUUUUGGAUCAGUCGCGACGAUGUCCGCGCACGAGGAAUUGGCUAAGGCCGUGACAAAUCGGACUCUAAGAACGAUUCAAACCGAGCUCGAGUUCUUGGCGGAUUCGGGCAUAAUCACCUCUCAAACGCUCUCCUCUAUCUUAUCUCAGCUCCCAAGUCCUCUGCAAACUCGGGCCACGGCUUCUGGCACGUCCAUAGAGCAGCCCACCCGGACACCCUCGAUUUCUGCGCCCCAGCCUCCGGUCGCUGCACUAGCUAAUACGUCGCUGAACGAGAAGCAAAACGGUUAUCCUCCGCCAUCGCCAUCGCCGGCUGCAGUCCCGCCUCCAGCUUACGCGCCCCCUCCGUCUGCCGGGCCUCCUGUGCUCUCCAUUGCUACAGCUCUUUACCAAUAUAACCCUACUGAUGCUGGCGAUUUGGCAUUUAUUCCCAAUGAUCGGAUUGGGAUUCAGGAGUAUGUGAACCCGGAUUGGUGGAAGGGUCGGAAUGAGAGGACCGGGCAGGAGGGUAUCUUUCCUCGGACGUAUGUCAGAAUUAUCGAGGAAAAGGCUCCGCUUCCUCCGGCUCCUGUCUCAAGUGGAUAUGGGAACAUGCCGCUUGAAGUUAGCCAGAGCGGCUCGACGCCCUCUGAUCCCAACAAUCCGAACAAGCACGGCAAGUUUGAGGACGCAGGGAAGAAAUUUGGCAAGAAACUUGGUAAUGCGGCUAUUUUCGGUGCUGGCGCUACUCUGGGAGGUGACAUUGUCAAUUCGAUUUUCUAAAGCUGAGUCUGAAAUCUUUGUAUAUGUGGGACUGCGUUUAGGCUGCGUUCUUAAUUUGUGUCUUCUGGAUUAGCGGGCAUCUUUUUAUCCAAUGAUUCUUUCUAUAUAGACUCGAUUGCUCCUGCAAAGGUAUCGAAGCAGUAUCGUGAAGCAGUAUCAUGAAGCCUGUGCGUGGCCACCUAAAAGUGGUUAAUAUCCCACAGAGGUGAAAGAUCCUGCCUUAAGUCGUAGUAUAUUGCAGGUACUGAAACGAUAACAAGUUUUAAGUUGAGGAUUGAAUUGUAACAUUUGCAAUGGGCUUUUAAUUUGACCUGCCAAGAAUCUGAUUGCAGGUUACGUUUUCCUGGUUAUCGAAGAAUUGCAAAGAAACAUCGAUAACCUUGUCUUUCAAAAAAAAAAAAGGGGGGGGGC